AUGAAUAAAGCAUCUUCCAUCGCCAAAGCAGCAUCGUCGGAAGUAUCAGCAAAAUGCGGUAAUCUUAUGUCGUGGCUGAAACGGAAGGAAGUUCCCUUGGAAAAGGAAACUGCAGCAAAGAUUUCACUUGUUGAGGAGAAAGAUGCUUCAGAAUCAGGGAAAGAAGAUGUUAUAUCUGUGCGACAAGGAUCAGUAGAGUAUCUAAAAAAUCUGGUUGAAGAUAUUGGUUGGCGAAGAGUGCUUUUGGUUGAGUUUCGGAAGGAAUAUAUGGAUAAAAUUGUUAAAUUUUUGCAAAUGGAAAAAGAAAAGGGAGUGAAGAUUUUUCCACCGCAGCAUCAAAUUUUCAAUGCCUUUAACCUUACUCCACUCAAACAAAUUCGCGUUGUUCUCAUAGGUCAAGAUCCCUAUCACGGCGAGAACCAGGCACAUGGACUAUGCUUCUCAGUUUGCAAAGGUGUCAGACUCCCACCCUCACUUAUAAAUAUCUACAAAGAACUGAAGAUGGAUAUACCGAACUUCAAAGUUCCCGACCAUGGCUGUCUCGAGUCUUGGGCGCACCAGGGUGUCUUUAUGUUGAACGCUACUCUGACUGUUGAAGCUCAUCGACCAAAUUCGCAUAAUCAUAUCGGAUGGCAGAAAUUCACUGAUGAAGUUAUUCGCAUCAUUUCACGUGAAUGUAAAGGAAUCGUCUUUUUGCUUUGGGGGGGAUUCGCUCAUAAGAAGGAAUAUAUAAUUGACAAGAAAAAGCACAUUGUUAUCAAGACUGCACAUCCGUCUCCACUAAGUGCGCGUAUGUUUUUCGGUUGCAAAUGUUUUUCGAGAACGAAUGAAGCGCUGGUGAAACUUGGACAACCAGCUAUUGAUUGGAGCACAUUCUGA